AAAGCAUAUACCAUUACCUUCAUAGGAGACUAAAAGAUUGGCAACAAAUUUGAGAGGAAAGAUCUAAUGAGGAAAUUGGAAGCCCUCUCCAUCCUUUCUUUAACUCUUCUUUUGAGCUCACUUGCCCUUUCUCAAGGUCAAGCUCUAGGACCUGAUCAAGGUUACUCGUCUGCGUCGCAGCGGCGACAUCACCCUAUGCUUGCUCAAGAAAAGCCAUUAAAAGGGAGGCAGUGCAAAUUUAACUUUGGAUUACCAGAGGGUACCAAAUGCGGGUCCAAAGGGAACCAGUCGUGCAAAGAUCGUUACAAUCGUCCCCCAUUGCACGUUCAGGAAUGUGAAUGUCAAUCACAUCUACCUCCUGUACCUGGCAAUUACUGCGCAUGCCGUUUUUCUUGUUAAUAGUAAUUUCAAUCAAAAUUCAAUAAAAUGAUGUUUUUCCAAAAAC